GAGUCAGUGGGAAGUCUCUACACUCCCAGAAACCCUUGCGCUCGUCCCUGCAACUCCCAUUGGGCGCCUGUGCGGGUAGUUGCUGGUUGCUAGGCAACUGGUGAAGCCAAUUACGUGCGUCAGUCAGAGCCACCACGUGUCUAUACGCGGGGGAUACGCGCCCACCGACAAAAUGGAGGCAGUAGUACAAGCGCAGCAGCCGUUACGACAGUGAGAUCUACCCACACUCGGCAACAGAAUUUAGAGGUUGAUAUUGAUUUCCCAGCGCCGGACAGAGAUGCCUCAAAGCUUUCCCUUGGGUUCACAACACGGGCUACGGUAACCUAAUGUGAGAAAUGCCUCUUACUCUCUGUGUGACUGAGUGCUCAGCGUAUGUCACGUUCUAUUUCCGGCCCCCUACAUCCUGAUUGGCUGGCGCUCGCUUCAAUCUCAAUUCAAAGCUGUAGCUGUACUUCAGGCGGAACGGGAAAUACGCAUGUGUGUUUGUGAAAGUUUUUCAGCUAAUCAUAGUCUUCUGGUGGGGCGUGUAAAGAUAACUGACAGGCGGGACGGCCAAUAACGUUCUCAGGAGGACAGUUACGCUAUUGGCUGCUCCACGAAUCUGCCAAACAAGAAAUAAUGGAUUAACUGCCGGGCGGGAAGAGGCGAAUCUGCUCCUGUUGGUUUUAAAUCUCCAGUGAGUCGUGUCAGUUUGGGGCAGUGAAAUGUUCCUCUCACACAGGGAGGCCGAGCCUUAAUGACACCCAGUGAAAUCUACAGUAAUUUUCCACCAAACAAUUCUUCUGCUCACUGCCCAAAAUUGACUGAAUUUGAUAAAUAAACCAGAAGUUGAAACGAAAGUGCUGCUUGUCUAUGAGAUUGGUUCCUUCCCACAAUGGCAUCUACUGACCUGAGAGACGAGCUGAACUGCUCCAUCUGCCUGAGCGUUUAUACUGAUCCUGUAUCCCUGCCGUGUGCCCAUAACUUCUGCCGGGGCUGUAUUGGCAGUGCCCUGAAUUCCCAAGAUGCAGUUGGGACUUAUUUUUGCCCUGAUUGCAGAGCAGGGUUUCAGGAGCGCCCUGCCCUGCAGAGGAACAUCAAGCUUGGAAACAUAGCAGAGCGAUUUCUCUCAGCUCAGCCGGAGCCUGAGGAAACUGAAAUUGUCUGCACCUACUGUGUUCAUUCUCCUGUACCUGCUGCUAAAUAUUGUAUUCUGUGUGAGGCUUCUCUGUGUGAGACCCACCUGAGGGUGCACAGCAAGUCAGCAGAACAUGUACUGACUGAACCAACCGCUUCCUCUUUGAAUAGAAAAUGUUCCAAACACAAGCGGAUCCUGGAGUAUCACUGCUGUGAUGAUGGUGCCUGUAUCUGUGUGUCCUGCUGGGUGGGUGAGGAGCACAGGGGCCACAAGGUGGAGCUGCUCAGUGAAGCCUGUAAAAAACAGCAGGAAAAACUAAGAAAUACUCUGGAGAAACUGGGCCCAGAGAAAGAUGAGACUGAGAAGAGAGUUCAGAGCCUUAAGGAGUGCAGUAAAAACAUUACAGAAAAAGCCGCUGGUGAAACCGAGAGAGUCACUGACCUAUUUAGGGAAAUCCGGGAACAGCUGGAAGCCCUAGAGAAAAGAGCCCUGAGUGAGAUCUCCAGGCAGAAAGACAAACGUCUAUUCCAGGUCACUGAUCUGAUCCACCAGCUGGAAAUAAAGAAGGACGAGCUGUCCAGGAAGAUCCGUCACAUUGAGGAGCUGUGCAACAUGGCAGAUCCACUCGUACUCUUACAAGAACGGAAAGAUGGAGCUGAGGGGGCAGAUAAUGAGAGCAAUGGGGGCGAUGAUAAAACUCUAUUUGUAGAGGAUUUGGAUGUUGGAUUCAUUUCGGAAAUAUUGCUUACAAGCUUAGCUGGGAUUGUGACUGAGGCAAAAGGAAUGAUCUGUGGGCAGGAGGCUACGGGGAUGUUACUGGAUAUAAACACGGCUGCUAAUAACGUCGUUGUGCCGGGAGACCGGAAAUCUGCUUCCUACUCCCGAACUGACCAGCGCAUCCCACAGACGCCCGAGAGAUUUCAGUAUCACGGGCAGAUUUUAAGCACCCGCAGUUUCCACACUGGGAGAUAUUACUGGGAUGUUGUGGGCAAUGAAUCUGGCUACUGGGGCAUAGGAGUGACCUAUCCCAGUAUAAAGAGGAGAGGAAUCGAGUCUUGUAUUGGGAAUAAUAACAAGUCAUGGGGUUUAUACAGAGAAAAGAAUAAAUACUCUGUGAGAUAUGACAGUAAAGUCACUGAUAUUCUCUACUCGCCUUCCUGCGGGAGGAUCAGAAUCUCAUUGGACUAUGAGGCCGGACGUCUGUCCUUUUAUGAGCUGAGUGAGCCAAUCAGACACUUACACACCUUCACUGUCACAUUCACUGAGCCCCUCCAUGCUGUGUUUUGUUUGUGGAAUUAUGGGGAAUGGCUGAGAAUCAUUAGCUAAAAUGUUAGCUGUUGUUUAAGGGCCACCAUACCUGGAUUUAUUUGUUUCCUUUUGAAUUUGCUUUGUGAUAAUAUUUAAGGGCUGAAUGAGAAUGUUCUUGUUUUUAUCCUUCACCCUCCCCCCCCCAGCUAAAUUCAUGCGUGUUUGAUUUUUGUCUUGCCAUUUUCUUAUUGCCAUUGUGGUUGCCAUCUUUCUUACUAGCCACAAACAUCCUAUUUUUUUUUUUUUUAAAUAUUCCUCCUGUUAAUUGAUUAAAACAGCACAUGGAGUUUUAAUCAAUUAACAAAUUAAGGUCGGGAAGGGAAAUCUGACAACUUUUUGUCACAAAAGGAAUUUGUUUUUCUCGCCUUCCUGCUCCUAAUUUGCAUAUACAAAUUUAGCUGAAUCUUUCACAAAGGAUCUGAGGAUUAGACCAAAUCCCAAUUCUACUUCUUCCCUUUGGAUUCGGUUUGGUAUUCAUCUGAAUCUUUCACAAAGGCUUCAGGGAUUUGGUCGAAUCCCAAUUAGUGGAUUUGGUGCAUCCCUAAGCACAAGUAGCACUAUUUGCUUGACAUGGCCACCUAUGUGUUGGCAAUGCUGGUCAAGGAGCAGAUCACAAUGGAGGCCCCAACGCAUUGAUGUGGUCCUCAGCCUGAUGGGAUUUUCUGAUCGAUAUCUGGCCAGCCAUCAGCCUAUGUUUUCUGGAGGAAGUUGGAGAGGGCCCAUACACAGGCAGAUUAGCUGCCAACUUGAGGUGGCCAUACACGAUAAGAUCCGAUCAUUUGCCAAACAAGUGGAUCUUUCCCCGAUAUGCCCACCAACGGCAGGGCGACAUCGGGUUAAUCUGAAAGUUUGGCCCUAGGGCUGAACAAUCGGAUUGCAAUGAAUAGAAUGGGCGCUGAUUGCUCAUAGGACCACAUCAAAUAGCCUAUACAGUCCUGGAUGGAUAUCUUGGCCAGAUAUCGAUCGGGGAGAUGCGUCGGAAGCCCCCUUACACUGGCAUAUAAACUGGACACUGGACCAUUAUCUGCAGCUUUAAUCUGCCCCUGUAUGGCCACUUUAAGACUAAAGGGGCUGAAUUGGCAUCUUCAAUCUGCACAUGUAAAGACAGUUUUAUAGGGGGAGGCAAGGUGUUAGAACACAUUAGAACUACAAAGUGACAGUGACACGUUACUAUAAAGAGCUGAGCAGAUCAAUAUUCAUUUGCUGUAUUCUCCGUUGCAAGGGAGCAGGUUAGACCUCCUGCUAAUGAUUAGUAAAUGAGAAAUAGGCGGCAGCGUAAUAAAAGUCCAUUUCAUUUAACCUUUAUUCUCACCCAGAUGCAUCUCACUGUAGAUCUUGCUUUAUUGUUGUACUAUUUUAUAUUGUUUCUAAUAGAUGGUAAAGUUGGCUUUUUAAUUGUAGUUCGUGGGGGUAUACACAGAUGAAGCAAACUCCAGUGAUGCAUCUGGCACAUGUUGCACAUAUUUUACUUUAUUUCAGAGGGAGAAUUAAUGUUCUUCAAGCUUUAACUGAACGUUGUCCAUCUGAACUGAUCAGGGUUGUGUCUUAAUUUCUGUUCCCUGAAUGUGAGAGGCUGUUACCCCGCCAUAUCCAAUCCCCCAAUAAAAUGCUCUCUACUAAGUCUGAUUGGCCUAGUGCCUUCCUUUCCCAGUUGCCCAUCUGACUCUCACAUAUAUCCGCUUGUAGACCAGCAGGGCUCUAUCCAUCACUACACAGCGGCUCUUCUAAUCCAAACUGGAUACGUCAAUUUCUGUUAAACAACCAACUCAAGUCAAAGGGGUGAUAUAGAAUCGAACACAAGUAUUUGAAUAGAAGUAAUUAAAAAUUCCUCAAAACCUUGCUGGUCUUACCAGCCAU